AUGAUAACACGAAAAUACUACAAAUUAAUAAUAACUUCCAUAUUAAUAUUUACAUUUUUUCUACUAUAUAAUCAAUAUAAAUUAACAUCAACAAAAUUACCAAAAAAAUUUGAUAUAAUAAAGAAUAGAGAAAGUUUCAGAAAUGAUGUGUUAAACAAAUGGAAAAUCGAAAAAUCAAAAUAUUCAGCAUUACCAAUAGAAGACAAGUGUGAAAAGUAUGCUAAAUCGAUUUCAAAAGUUGAUUUGAAAUUUUGGGAAAAUCUAAAGAUAGAUCCAAUAGUAUAUAACAAGAGAAAAUGGAUAAAACGUAAAACAAGAGAGUUUCAACGAAAAAUCAAGAGAAAAAAUUGGAAACCUGAAAUUGAUACUGGUAUAAAGAAUGAAUUUAUUUCUAAAACUAUUGAAUAUUCAAAAUACGAAAAUAAAAUGUUUAAUGAAUUUAAUGACAUGAAAAUUGGUGGGAAAUGCUCAGUUACAACUAAUUCCAAAAUUCUAAGAAAAUUGUACCCAUGGUACAAGUCGAAUCCAGUUUUUGAAGGUAGAGGAAUUGUGAUACCAGUUUUAAGAGAUUAUAAAAACAUCAUAAGAUUGAUCAAAAGUUUAAGAAUGGUCGAAAGUGGUUUACCAAUUGAAAUUACACAUACUUCAUUAACAACUACCGAACAAGAAUUGAUCAUUGAUUCAGCUCAAAACGGAACAGAUCCAAAUUUAAAGCAACAAAUAUCAUUUGUAGAAUUAUCAUCAUUACCCAAGAAUGAUUCCAUUUUUUUAACAACUUCAAGCUUGGUAUAUAGUAAUUUCAAAGAAGUUAUAUUAUUGUCAGAAGAUAUGAUUCCUUUAAGAGAGCCAGCAUUGUUGUUUAAUAAUGAAAGAUAUCAAGAAUCUGGUAAUUAUUUAUUCAAAUCACCUUCAUAUUUAAAUAGUAGAGUUAAGUUAUUCACUCCAGGAUUUCAUGAGAUAACCAAUUUCAUAAAAUCAUUCUCACCUACUAAAGAUGACGAGAGCUUUUUCAGUUUGAACAGACGAGAACCAUUCGUUACUUCCAGAUUUUAUGAAGAUAACUUUCAUACAAUGAUAGAUCCAAAUAUAAUGGUAAUAAAUAGGAAAAAGAGUUUCAAUGGUUUAUUAAUAGCAUCAAAUUUGCAAUUUUUUGACAUUUUAAAAGUACGAUUAACUCAAGGAAUUACAUUAGAUGUAUUAUGGAUGGGGUUGGAAAUUUCGGGCCAAAAAUUAACUUUCAAUUUUAAUUAUCCAGUAAUGGCAGGAAUAUAUACACCAGAUGAUAAAUUACCAAAAGAUGUUAGUGUAUCACAAGAGAUUUGUUCAGCUUCGUAUGGUCAAUUAUUGGAUGAUGAUGAUAUAACUUUGAUUGCAAUAACAUCUUAUCAAUUACAAAAUUGGUUUAGACAUAAUCAUUCUUUCAAGACUUUGUUUAAAGAUAAAUAUAUAACUAAAAUCACUGAAUCUAAAAAAAUAUUUGAUAAUGAAGAAAACACUUUAGUGAAAAAUGAUUAUCAUUUGUUGCACAAAAUAUACAAAAAUCCAUUAGUACUUGAAAAUAUAAUCAAACCACCAACUUUGACACAACGAGUCAAUGUUUUAAAUUUCAAUGAACCAACAGAAGCAUGGGUAGAACAAAAAUUACCAGACCACGUUAAACAAUCAAGUUGGAAUUAUUUUUGUUGUUAUAACGUUGUCGGGAACCCUCUAAAAGAUGGUAAAAGUGGGCUUACAAUAAAUAUAAAUGAGGAACUACAAGAUAAAUAUGAAAGAAUUAUAGAUACUUGGUUAAAUGGAUAA